UAAACUGAAAAAACAGGAUGAGAAAGAAACGAAAAACAAUAACUAAAUAACAAAACACUUCUAUACCACAUUUUGCAAUCCUAUAGAAAUGGAGGCCAAAAUUUACAAUUCUACCCCUAAACCACCGUCCGGCGAUAGGAUCAAGCUCAACGUCGGCGGCAAGCUCUUCGAGACAACUCUCUCCACUCUCCGCUCCGGCGGCGCCGGUUCACUCCUCGACGCUCUCUCGAACCGGCCGAUUAACGACUCCAACCCGGUUUUCAUAGACCGCGAUCCCGAGAUAUUUUCCGUACUUCUCUCGCUUCUCCGAUCGAACCGGCUGCCGUCGACUUACCGGAGGUUCACAAGUCAGGAGCUUUUUGAUGAGGCGGCGUAUUAUGGCAUCGAAUCGCAGCUCAAAUCGGCGAUGUUGCCGAGUCAACUCAGCGGAAUCGACGCGUCUGUCGUUUCGACGAUCCGGCCUGCUUCGGACGGCGUCGUUUCGAGUUUUAGUGUGAGUGAUGAUGAUGAUGGAUCGGUUUGGGUAGGGCACGGUGGUCAGAUCUCGGUGUACGAUUGGAAUUUGGCUCAUAUCGGGACUGUACGGACGCACCUCGAUUUCAUCACCUCAAUCCGACGUGUCAUGCCGGAGAUUGCGGCGAUUGGUUCGGAGAUCGAUUCCGGUGUGCAUUUCUACAGUUUCGCGAAUGGACGGAGAGUUGGAUCGGUCGAGUGGAGUGACUCUUCCGAUCCGAGGAUAUAUAAGGCGCGAGUUAAUGCUGUGACUGACUCGGAUGAGUCGGUUUUCGCGUCAUUUGAUUGUCAGCAUAGAGAGAAUUGUGUUUUGGAAAUCGAUAAGUCGAGUUUGAAAGUUGUGUCGGAAAUAGGUAGGCAGAAUGGUAAUUCGUCCAAGAGUGUUGUUCCGGGGAAAUUAACGUACUUGAGUGAGCUUAGUUUGAUUUUCGGGAGUUCAAUUAGUUCUGGUGCGUUUGGAUACUCUGGUUAUGUUAGGUUAUGGGAUGUUAGGUCGGGGAAAGUUGUUUGGGAGACGAAUGAGCCGGGAUCGGGUAGGAGUAGCAGGUACGGGGAUUCUUUUGCUGAUGUAGACGUUGAUAAGUUUGAAUUGAAUCUUUUUAAGGUGUGUUCAAAAUCGGGGGAUUUGGCUAUUGCUGAUUUGCGGAAAUUGAGUGAUGAUCCGUGGUUGUAUAUUAAGGAUAAGAAUCCGAGUUUGAGUAAUGUAGGUGGAGGGGUUAGUAGUGUGAUACAUUGUUAUAAGAAGCAAGCAUUUGUUGGGAGAGAUGGUGGAUUGGAGGUGUGGUCUAGGGUGGAGGAGCAAGGAGGGAGUAGUGUGUGUGAAGAAGAAUCAUAUAGGAGAAAUUUCGUGGAUAAAGUGGAGGACUCGGAGAGAGGGAUUAUAAAAAAGAUUGAAGGUGGUGGGAAUAGGCUUUUCGUUAGUAGAGAUAAUGUUGAGGGGAUAGAGGUAUGGCAAAGUUCAAAUUUUUCGGGUUCAGUUUCACUUUUAUGACCAAUCGCCCUAAAGAAUAUGUUGUUGUAUCAUCCUUGAACACAUUUUAUGAUAAUAAAUGACGUUAUGUGGA